AUGUCCGAAAACCGCUCUCUAAUCGCUAUUAUCGGUGACGAAGACACCUGCACAGGCCUUUUGCUGGCCGGUGUUGGCCAGAUUUCGCCAUCAAGCCAGGAGAAGAACUUCUUUAUGUACCAAGAAGGCAAAACUACUCGUGAAGAAAUUCUUGGUGCUUUUGACAAGUUUACUCAAGAAAGAGACGACAUCGCGAUUUUGUUGAUUAACCAGCACGUUGCCGAGAAGAUUAGGGGCCAGGUGGACAGCUACACUGCCGCCUUCCCCGCUGUUCUUGAGAUUCCUUCCAAAGAGCAUCCUUACGACCCUGAAAAGGAUUCAGUUUUGAAGAGGGUCAGGAGACUUUUCGGAGAAUAG